GUGGACGCGAGCGGACGUGUGGAGAGUGUUAAAGAACGAAAUUCAAAUUGAUAAAAUUUCGUUCUAUAAAAAUCUAUGGACAUCUCUUAACGAUAACGUUGUGAGUUGUGUAGUUUUUUUGUGUUAAGUGACUCUACAUUUUGUGUUCCAAAGAGUAAAGAAUUGUUUUAAUGUGAGCCUACGACAUGUUACGUUUGAAGUGGUUAAGUGAGACCAAAUGUUACUCCAAAGAUCCAACGCCAAACAUUUGAAGCCUGCAAUGGACGAGUCUAGUGAUAAAUCCAAAACAAAAAUGAUAACAUGACGAAAUAUGUUUCCGGAUGGACAGUUUCAUAAAGCGCGGACUAAAAACGUGGCAAUGCGUCAAAAUGAUAAAAGUAAAAAUAAUAGAAAAAACAAAUCAUAUAAUAACACACUCGUACGUUUUAAUUUAUAUUCUUUUCUAUUGAUUAUUUUUCUAUCACUAAAAACAGCUAACUCCAACACAACAAACAUGAACCAUCACAGUGAUAAAAACAGUGGUAAUUUAAAUAAACUAAAUAUAAAUAAAGUAAAUAUCAAUAGUGUACAAAAUGAUUCACCGAGUGAAGAAUACGACGAACAAGAUAGUAUUAAUUCCGGUGAAAAAUAUACAAAUGUCAAUUUUGAUAAAAAUCCUUAUUACAAUGAAGAGUUUCCUCAUAGUACUAACUUUUAUAAUCAUGAGAGAAACGGGUACAGUGACUAUGGUGAUUACAAGAGAUAUUAUUUGAACCCUUCAAACCCAGUUCCGAAGUCUAAUAUCAGAUUUAGGAUAAGCAGUAGGAUAGUACAGACUAAAUAUGGGAAAUUACAGGGGAUAGUUUUGGCAAUGGAUGAACACAGAUAUCUGAGUCCGCUGGAAGUUUUUUUAGGUGUUCCGUACGCUACGCCUCCAGUUGGGUCAAACAGAUUCAGCCCAACUCGAACGCCCUCGCCUUGGGACGGUGUUCGGGUCUCCGACCUGCCGGGGCCAUCCUGUCCUCAGAAAUUGUUGGAUCUUGAAGACGAGAGGAUUUUACUAGAAAAAAUGCCUAAGGGCAGAUUAGAUUAUUUGAAAAGACUGAUGCCUUAUCUUAAGAAUCAAAGCGAAGAUUGUCUUUACUUGAACAUUUUUGCUCCUUUGCAAAUGGAUGAAACCAAAUUAGCACUGCCAGUAUUGGUGUACAUACACGGCGACAGUUACUCGCUGAGUUCGGGCAACCCGUACGACGGCGCUGUUCUGGCGAGCUAUACCGACCUCAUUGUUGUCACGUUGAACUACAGGCUCGGAGUCUUGGGUUUCCUCAACGCGAAUCCUUCUCCACACCUAAAGGCCAGGGUUGCCAACUACGGGUUAAUGGACCAGAUAGCAGCACUACAUUGGGUGCAGCAAAACGUUGCGUUAUUCGGUGGUGACCCUACGAACAUCACCCUGAUGGGCCACGGGUCUGGUGCUGCUUGUAUCAACUUCUUGAUGAUAUCACCGACUGUCAUGCCAGGUCUUUUCCACCGCGCCAUACUCUUAUCAGGAUCAGCUUUAAGCUCAUGGGCAAUAGUCGACGACCCAGUGUACUAUUCUCUAAAACUAGCAAAACACAUGAACUGUACCAUACCCGAGGACCUCGCCAAAGACCACGAAGUAAUAGUAGACUGUCUUCGAGACGCAACAAUAGAAGAACUUUUAUCAAUAGACAUAUCUCCACCGAACUUUUUAACAGCCUUUGGACCAUCUGUGGAUGGCGUUGUUAUAAAAACAGAUUUUGCUAAGGACUUUUUAACGAUACACUCAAGUUCAGAUUUCCCUAGUUUUGGACCUCUAAAUAACAUGAACCACAAUAACUUUCAUAUAAAAAGAAGUGAUAGUGGGAGACGGUUGUUUCAAAAUAAGUACGAUUUGUUGUUCGGUGUAGUGACAUGUGAAGCACUGUGGAAGUUUUCGGCGCAUGAUGUUCAAAAUGGUAUUGAACCUGAAAAAAGAGAUCGGAUGCUGAGAACCUACGUAAGGAAUUCCUAUACAUACCACCUGAGUGAAAUAUUUUACACGAUCGUCAACGAGUACACCGAUUGGGAAAGAACGGUAGAGAACCCAAUAAACACGAGAGACGCGACCGUGUCUGCUUUAUCGGACGCCCAGUACGUGGCCCCUCUGAUGCAAAGCGGGGAUUUGCUGAGUGGAGGGCCGAAGCUUACGGCGACGGACGAGGACGCGCCCGGGAGACCUACUAAAACAUUCUUUUACGUGUUUGACUAUCAGACCAGAGACGGGUUUUAUCCGCAGAGAAUGGGAGCGGUUCACGGCGAAGAAUUACCAUACAUAUUCGGCGCACCGCUAGUGGACGGCUUUGGUCAUUUCCCGGAAAACUACACGAAGUUUGAAACUGCAUUAUCUGAGUCCAUAAUGCUCUUCGUGGCCAACUUUGCGAAGACCGGUAAUCCGAACGACAACGCUCGUCAAGAAGCGUUCCUCCCGGCGUCGAGGGAGAGGAACAAGUUCCGAGGCGUCAACUGGGAGGAGUACGACUCAACGCACCAAAAGUACUUAGAAAUAGGCAUGAAACCACGAAUGAAGAACCACUUCCGGGCGCACCAACUAUCAGUCUGGUUGCGCCUUGUACCCGAGCUUCACAGAGCCGGGAUGGAAGACGUCGCCGCGCGGCACAACCUGUUCAGAAACCACAACGAACAAGAUCUUUACGAAGGAAUCGUCAGACCGGAUCCCUUAGCACGGAAUACCGAUAACGAUCCGAUAAGGCGAAACGGCACCGCCUAUUCUGAUACAGCUCUCACCACCGUCGAUUCGAUAUUAGCUACGUGCGCGACGAUCAUACCAACUAGAGAUUUGCAGACUCUCAACGCCACGGAUAAUACUCUAGCCAAUUUGGAAGCUGCGGGCUAUGCGGCGUACUCCACAGCGUUGAGCGUAACGAUCGCUAUUGGAUGCUCCCUACUUAUCCUAAACGUCCUUAUAUUCGCAGGCGUGUACUACCAAAGGGACAAGUCCCGCUCCCGGGGAAAACAGCAACGGUUCAACGAGAAACACUUCGAAACAAUAUCAGGGAAACACUCCCAUUAUCAUAUCGACCCGAACAUCGCCCCGAGUUUAGUUGUGGACAUCGAACGGCAAAAUAGAAAGAAAAUGAUGGCCGAUACGAGCAUGUCAAAUUUGAACUUUAAGGGCCCGCUGGACGGUCCAAAAUCGCCCAGCCCGACCCUGAGUAUAGAUAAUAUGAUGUUGCCUAGUAAAUUGGGCAGUCGUAAUAGCAGCUUCAGGUUGCCAAAUGUAAGCUAUCCCCAAGUGGGGAGUUACGCAACGUUGCCCAAGAAUUUGAACCAAUUUAGUAAUUCACCGCCGAUGCACGACUUGAGACAGAAAUAUCCUCCAAACGGCUCGGCUGAUUCACCUGGGAGGGAGGACAAUUCUAGAGUCCCUCACGCGACUCUAAGAAGAGGGAAAUCCCUCCAUCCCUCCAAUCUCCCUCAGGCGGCAAUCGACGAAAUGCGAGUGUGACAUUUAAACUAAUUUAAGACUAUCUAAAAGUAUCGAAUUCGAGAAGUGUAAAUAAAUGUAUGAGAAUGUUUUUUUAGGGAUGAACGUUAUUGAUUCUCUCAGUCGCAGUAUAAUACUGUUUUUAAAUAAAUUAUCAAAUAUA